UCCCGCCUCGCCAAGGUGACAUGGGACCUAUACAACCAAUGCCAGAUAAUCGCAAAGGAUGUUCCCGCAGGAUUCCAAAGGCUAGUAACUGAGCUGGGCUCGUUACAAGGCACUUUGCGCACCUUUGCUGACGAUGUGAACUCUAAUGCAUCCUUCUUCGAGAAGAUGGAUCAGGAUCGCAAACAGACCUUCGAACGAUCCCUCGGUGCCUGUCUUGCCACCCUACAGCGACUAAAAGAGCUCCUUGCCCGGUUGAAAGGCUUCGAAACUGGUGAUGGAAAAGGUUUCUGGCAAAAGAUCAAAUGGGCGACCCAACGAAUUCAGAUUGAUGAUAUCAGGUCUAAGAUCAUGGUGCACACUUGCAAUCUGAGCCUAUGCAUAAGCUCCAUAGGGAAUGCCUCGCUUGCUCGUUUAGAGAAAACAAUGGUUCUGGCGAUGGAAGAGGAUGAACAGAUUGUUCUCAGUGCGGAGGCAUCACCUGUUCGGGAUACAGACUCCGUUGUCUCACCAAUGAGCCCGGACGUGGUGGAACUACCCGCUAAUAAUGAAGAAUGCGAAAUUGAUAUGAUCCAAGAAGUUCGCCACAGAAUGUCUGAGCUGGCUAAUAACAGAAGCUCCGUGGGCAGCAGCAAGGUCAAACAUACAUCCACAUCCUCCGAAUCGGCGAUAACGACAUCCGACGAUUCGCUCUUCGAAGCUAUGUCGUCAACUUCUUGGUUGUCCUUGAACACGUCAGCAUUGUUACCUACUAGGGGCCGAAUAAACCAUACGCGAAAGCGCAGUGAGCACCUUCUCUUUGGCGGCUCGAUCGACGGUCGGACACUCGAUGAUGGAAUAUGGGCGAACGACUCCGAUCUGGAGAAGAAACAAGUCGUACAUCACAGUAGAUCCUACUCUGAUGCUGAAUAUGGUCAUCCUCGCGUUAUCGAGGCCGUGACCUCCGCUAUGCAACAUCUUCGUGAUGUUCGGCACCAGGAGCAUAUCUCAAGGCCAAUCCGUUUCGAGCCGCAGAAUAAGCUACAUAAACCAACUGCCGAAACGUUAAAGAUAUUCGAGGCAUCAGUAAAUGACGGGUUCCAGAUCACAAGGCUAAUCACAAGAGACUGGCUUCGCGUGGCGACUUGGUGGUUGUUGAAAGCACGCGCGACUUUGGCAAAUUGCAACAGACACAAUUAUGUCAGUGCCCGAGGCAGUCUGAGUCCCUCCACAGGAUCAAGGUCCACUAGUCACCAGGCUCAUCUUGACCUCCUCAAGGCUUCAUAUAUCCUGUACGAUAUCGUUCUCGAGGAAGAGGCCUCUCCUGGUCUUUUGAGUGAUGAGGAUCGCAAGUCAAUUGUCGAACUUUCUGAAGGCAUAAACGAGGAGCUUUCCCAGUAUACUUCCAUCGAUAUCCCCGAACCGUCAAAUAUACAUGUCCAAAACCUCGCCAUUUGGGAGCCCAUGCAGCCGGAGGAAACUAGGGAUGGCGGCAUUGAUCUAGACUUUGGCUUGGAUAAUUUGCGUUGGGUCGCCGUCGAUCUAGAAGAUGCAGGCAACGAGCAGGAAAAGGUCCUCUACCGCACAUUUGUCAACGCCAGCGUUGGGGGCAAAAGGUCUCGCAUGCGUACCAAGGGUGCUCCCUAUAUGCUCUUGUUGGCGACACGGGAAGGUGAAAGCGAACCAAAAAUUGUGUUCUGCAACCAAAGUGGCACUCUGUGUCUUGAACGAGACUCCCGAGUCUCGGAACCCGUGCCAUUCAAAUUUGAUGAUAUGAGCGUUUCGAUAUCAUUUCAGUUUGAUGGAGAUCUCGCACAAUUCAUCAAUAUUCCGAAAGCUUACUUUGACGCCGUAUGGCAGAGAGAACCAGUUGAUGCACCCGAAUUUACCGAGAGCGUUAUUUUCAAGAGCUCGGUGGAUAUGUUCGAGCAGCUGAACACGCCGACAAUGAAAUCAAUGAACCCGCCUGUCGUGGUGAAAUCCUGCGAGGUGCGCAUUCUUGAACGGUCAUUUGGGGAAGCCUGGCGGUCUAUCCGACGCAUGGUGAUCACUUCCUCUGCUGCUGAGAAAUCCCCACGAACUACAGAGCUCUUCAUGCCUCUCAAUGGAGUUCAGAUCAACAGGGGAAAUAUGUCACGUCAGCUGGUCUUGCAGUGGUCUGACACAUGCCAGGCGAGAUCAGACAAGACCGAUGGCAAUUACAACACCCUGCAUUCAUACGUGUACGAUGACACUGCACCAAAUAUUGGUGUCGGCCUGCAAUUUCAUUCACAUCAAGAGGCGGAAGAAUUUGAAAAAGCCGUGCUCGAAUUGAACUUCCGUCCAGAGUUCUCCUGGUCACAGCCCAGUGGCUCCGGCCUCAUCUACAAUGUGGUUGAUGCUGGAACCGAGCACAAGCAAUACAAAGCUGUGCUAGUAUUCCGAACUCGGGCAUCGUGGCGAUAUUCAGACCUGUACUAUAUUUACCGUGACGCCGACUAUACAUACGACCACUCCUCAUCCAGCAUCCAUUUCCCCGCAUCUACUGCACAGACUACAUCUCGACUCAUGUUGACCAGCUCUACCAUCCAGAAAGCCCUCCAAACAACCAUCGAGUUCGGCAACGAUUCAGUAGCCCGCUCAUUCCUCAGCUCCCUCUCUCCUCUGUACGAACUCCUCUACUCCCGUCGUAUCCAGUCCCUAUCAACAAAAAGCAAUUCGGUCUUUGGUUUCCAAAUGUCCGGCAAGCGCAGCGCCGAUAUCCAACUAUGGCGUCGAGGAACGGAUUUCCAACUCGCCGCGCGGUGGGAUGAUUCCGUGCCGGACAAGUGGCUUACCAUGGCUGUCCCGUCAGAAUUCAUCGAUUGCUCAAAAGAGAAUACCCGAGUCACACUGCCGCGUCUUCCAUACUUGCGUGGUAUGACACUUGAUAUGAUGAAUGUUAUGGCUCGCAGCCCUAAGAACUCCAAUGCCAAGAACAAGGAGGGUGCCAUGUCAAUUUCUUUUCAAACAAGUAAAGACCGAGAUGAGUUUCUGGCUGUGUUACAAGGGCAGCAGUUGCCGAAGUUCCUAUAA